GUGCGACGCGUUUUGAAACAAGCGUCAGCAAGAUAAUCGUCAGAGCGGCCACUACGGCACUUGCACUUGCGUAAGGGCCGUUUUGGUUAACUGAGAAGGAUGUCUGUCCACUGAAACAAACACGGGUUUUUGCAUCGUGGAUGCGCUGGUUCGACCUUUGCGCACCAUGAGGCCCUUUCCGUGACCAACCUCCCGGGCUUGGCAAUGCAACCACCCCUAGAGUCGGGUGCUUGCGCCGUGCGACGAGCUGUGACCCAAGCCUCUAAAACUCGUCGAUUCUCAAUUGCAUGCGUUAAAUCGCCGAGCUAAAAGGGGGCCGCGCAGGUUUAGAUUGUGUAUAAUACUUGCAUGGACCUCGCAGUGCUUGGGAGAGCGUCGGGCUCGGGGAAACACCCCAAACAAAAGAACCUCGUCUGGGGUUUUCCCCCGCAAUAGCGACGUUUAGAUAUUGCAUAUUUCCCUCACCUUCUCAGCUGGAAGGUGGCCUAGCGUCAACGACUUUUUGGGCUCUGCACCCUCCCGCCUUCAGAGGGACCUUUUGCUGCCGAUGGCCAUAGCGCGGCAUGAGACUUGCUGCUGCAGCUCCCGUCACCGAGUGAUUCAAAUGGGGUAGCAGCUCCGACAAAGUUUGGCCGAGACAUUAUGAGCCAGACCUUGAGUCUCUAGAUGUAUAGUACAUGUUUGUAACGGCCAAGUCCAAAAUGGAUACGGUUGGUUGGACGUUUUCACGCAUGGGAUGCUGCCUUUGCGGCUUGUCUGUCUGCCAAUCUCGGGUGACGGCCAAGUCUUUUGAUAAUUGUACGCGGCAUGUCGCUUGCCGCAGUGUUUGUACCCGUUUGCCACUCUACAAGUUUGAUGUUAUCAAAGCAAGGGACCUACUUUGACAUCUUUACGCAACAUAUUAGAUUCGAUCAGCCAGCAUCCCAUCUAGGUUGUUAGCAGGCAGCCUCCCGAAGUCAGUUGACAUUCAUGACAGACCAUCCGUUUUGGCAAAAGAGCAAAAGGCAAGUCCGCCUACGCUACGGAUUCUUGCUAAGCGACCAAGCGGCUUCCCGAGAGUGGCGUUGAGGUGUUGACUCCUCUCUCUCAGAAGCAUCACAGUCAUAAUAGUCUGACUCCAAAAGGUGUAACAAUGUGUUCUAUGAGCUUCAUUUACAAAUUGUAAGCUAGAGUCUAUAAAGGCGUAAACAACCAGAACCUCAAGCUGAAAAUGAACCGUUGCUGUGUGAGCUUCAACUAUGGGAGGACACCCCGUGUGAACCGUCGUAUCGGGUCUCUUUCAAGUUCUGCAUGUAUCCCCAAGUCUUUACGGGAUGCGACCUAUUUGUGUUUGCCUCUGUUACGAGUACUAUAUCAAAAUAAGGCGUAAUCCCGUUCCAGGGAGGCCGCUAUCCGCGACGGCUAUCCGCAACACCACAACGCCUACAGCAUACUACGGCAGCAAUCCGUACGUAGGUCAAUCGGCUUUGGAAAUGCACACGAGUGACCCGGGAUGUUAGGAGAUUUAUGGCGGCAACAUGCAGGCUUCCUUACCGCCAGACGCUUUCAUCAUCUCCAAAGUCGGCCCAGAGAAGCCGAUGGCCAGUCAUGGCUCCAUGGGAGACGAGAUGUCGAUAUCCGAAGCGUCUGUGAUCAAUCAUAGAUAAAAAGGCCAUUGAGCGCCCUUUCAUCUCAAUAUCGUUAAGCAGCAGCAAGCAGCUAAGAAACUUUUUCAAGCCUUCUUGUGUUCCUCGAUCUUUCAUUUCCCGAACCCCAAACUGUGUAUGGAUCAUUUGGUCCAUUACUAUAUCAACAACAACAGCCACUGCACGUUUCUCGAAGGCAAGAUGCCCGCCGUUGCCAAGGUACGCCGGAGAUGGGGAAACCACUUUGCUCCCUAUCGUCCACUUCGCCAGCCUCGAUACCGCAGAUACUAUCUGCGAUAUCUCGAUCUGCUCACGGAGCCACUCCACCUGGGAAAUCCAACUCCUCCUGCCACGCCAAACCUUGGUCUGCUGACUGCGGGCUCCUCUUCCCAGGCUGACGAAACUCAUAACCGGGACUACGAGUAUGUGCGCUGCCACAUGUUUAUGCCAACACAUCGUCCCCGUCUCAUGUACUGGAAGCCAGGCGAAGGUUCCAUUGCCAUUGGGCCAGCCAUCUCGGUUAUUCCUCAUGCUGUUGAGUUGAGGAAUGACUACGGCAUCAUACUACCUGCUGGGAUGGCUGUGGUGGUCUACAAUGUUCACUUUCGUAUGAUCUAUUACGAGGAUAACGAUGAUGUCGACGACAUCUCUGGAAACAUUGGGCUGUCUGGAAACAUUGAUGUUGAACCCACGCCGUCCAUCUUUGCACGACCUGCUGGAGGAUCUAUCUUUGCAGUACCCGCUCAGCAAUCGAUCUUUGCACCACCUGCUAGGGUAUCUAUCUUUGCCGCACCUGCUCCAGCUGCCGAACAAGUCGAAACCGAUGUUACCGACGAGUCUGAGGCCGUUCUUACUGAGCCUGCCAAGGAUUCCGGCGACAAUAUCACCAACAACACCAGUGAGGAGGACAAGAUGGAGUAGGAACAUGUGGUGGAAGACUUGCUUACACGGUAACAAGUCUCCCGACCAGCAAAGCUUUGGGAGGAAGAUGUUGGGAGGAGGUACGAAGGAUGGGUAUACAAGUUUUGUGUGAUGGAAGGGGGGGAGUGUGGCAUGGUUUGGAGUGGUGGCAAUGGUGACUGGAUAUUUGUUGGGAAGUGCGAUAUGUAGAACAGCCGUCGAUUCAUUGCCAGACAAGAUUGGUACCCAAUUCAACGAUUCGACAAAACUACAGUUCACCCCGGUGUGUUAAAAGUACGUUGCGAGAAGUUGCGGCAAAGGAGCGCCAUGGUUGCCUUGCAAGGCGCCGGGAAUACCUGAGCAUAAGUAACAACACGUUGAAACAGGGGACGAUGAAGAAGAGACAGUCAAGUAGUACCGUCCUGCAGCGGGUAACCGGUUGAUUCGGCAAACAAGGGAUAUCAUGCAGGUGUGGCAGACGGUGAGAAGGCGGAAAGAGGCGCGAUUGGUGGAGGGCCUGGCUGAGCAGGGAAGCUUGCAUGCCACGUCCCUAGCACAGGGGGAUUCUAAUUAUGAGUCUUUUUUAAACAGUUGAUUCUCACGAUGGUGUGUGGCUGAAGGAGUGAAGAGCGAGAUGGUGUCUGGAAGGACAGAGUGGUUGUUUGGCUGGGUAAAAGAAGCGAGA